AUGUAUAUGAUGAAGAGUUUCAAACUUAUAUAUGAUCAGGAAGAACCAGUUCCUUUGAAGACAGACAGAGAUAUAACUUCAAAUACAACAUAUAGUGAUUCCGAUACAAUUUCUGCCGAAGAAAACUCAACAACUAAUUUAGAUACAUCACAUAGUGACUCCGAUACAAUUUCUGCAGAAGAAAACUCAACAACUAACUUAGAGACUGACAAAGAUCUUUCUUCAGAUACAUCUGAUAUAAUUUCUGCAGGAGAAAACUCGGACGAUGACUUCAGUGCUGAUGAAUUUGAAUGUGAACUGUGUUAUGGAGUAUUUAACAGUGAAUAUCAGUUAAAUUUACAUAUGGAAACUCAUUCAGAGUAUGUUCCCUCAGACGGUAGUGGUUCUGAUGCUGAAUUUGAUCGACCAAAUAAAAGGUACAAAAAAUCUGGGAGAAAUGAUAAAAAUAACAAAAAGACCAAAAAAGUACGGCCUAAAAGAGAAAAGUGCAAAAAAUGUGAUAAAUAUUAUGCCAAUCUUGAUAAACACAUUGAGAAAGUACAUUUAGCUGUCAAGUGUACAAAAUGUGACAAGAUAUUUGAUGACGGACUGAAAAUGAAAGCGCAUAUAUUACGUGUACAUUCAAACAGAGCAAGAUUUCCCUGUGAAGUGUGCAAGAAAUCUUACUCGACGAAAUCCUUUUUAAGAAUUCACAAAGAAAGUAAGCAUGAAAAGCGUGUUUUUAUGUGUGAAGAAUGCGGAGGAGUUUUUACCAGUAAAGAAAACUUAAAUGUGCACAAGCGAAAGCAUUCAGAAAAGAACACUAGUCAUCGUGACAUAUAUCAAAUAGUUUGUGAUGUUUGUGGGAAGACGGUUAAAUCUCAUAACAGAUGGAGACAUAUGCGAACCCACUCAAAGACGAAGGCCUUAAAAUGUGCAGUCUGUGGUCGAGGUUUUAACGAAAAGGAACAGCUUGACAAGCAUUCUCGAACUCACACAGGGGAAAAACCAUAUAAAUUCGACGGUCAAGGUCAUGAGAAUUCAGAUCAGACUUUUGAUAGUUUGGUACCAAAGAAAGGUCCUCUCACAAGCUGGCAUAUUCUUUUGAAUGUUGUUGUUAAAAACAACAGAAAAAAGACUGAUUGGAAUUUCAAAAAACUGUCUGUCUUUAUUACCGGUAUAAGAAAAAACGAUGAAAAUAAAUCAGCAUACCUGAUUCUUAAAUACUAA